AUGUCAAGUCCACCACCACCAGCGCGCAGAGGAAGAUUGUCAAGAAAGAGGCCAAAUGAAGAAGAUUUGGAAGACGACAACGUAGACGAUUCAUUCGAUACAAGGUCUUCACCACCGCCACCUAAUCUUGCUUCUUCGCCGCAAGUAUUACCCUCGUCGCCAGCUAUACCAUUCGAUGCAGGUUUGGACGACGAAGACCUCGACAACGAAAUUCAAAACGAUGUCGCUGAUCUCAACCCGUCGGAUGAAGAGGAUGGUGAUGAUUUAAUGGAUAACUUGGAAAGAGAUUAUCGUGAAAACCCCGAGCAGGACCACUACGAUUUGGGAGAUGGUAACAUCGACGACACGGCCGAGUUUGACGAAAUGGAUAUGGCAACGAGAAGAAGAAUCGAUGAACAGUUGAAUAGAAGAGAUGCCAUAUUGAACAAUGCCAACCGUUCCAGAAGUGGGGCGUUUUUGGAUGAUGAUGGCAAUGAAGGCGACGAUGGCGACGAUGACAAUGGAAUGGAUCAGUACGGAUUGCCUAUUCAAAGAAGAAGAAGAAGAAGACAACAGUUUGAAGAUGAUCAAGAUGAUAUGUUGGAUGAUAUGGAGAUUGAUCCUUUCAAUGAAGAGUUAUCGUUGGAAAGCUUAACUGAUAUCAAAGCACCAAGUAUAACCGAGUGGAUCUUGCAACCAGCCGUUAGUAGAUCAAUUGCAAGAGAAUUGAAAUCGUUUUUCUUGGAAUAUACUGAUGCAAAUGGUGAUUCAGUCUAUGGUAACAAGAUGAGGACUUUGGGUGAGGUUAAUGCAGAGUCACUAGAGGUGAGCUAUAGAGAUUUGGCGGACUCAAAAGCCAUCUUGGCCUUGUUUUUAGCAACAAGCCCUCAAGAAAUGUUGAAGAUUUUCGACAUUGUUGCCAUGGAGGCGGUAGAAUUGCACUAUCCAAACUAUUCUCAAAUCCAUCAAGAGAUUCACGUUAGAAUCACCGAUUUCCCCAACUUGUUGAACUUGAGAGACUUGAGAGAAAACAAUAUGAACCAAUUGGUCAAGGUAUCCGGGGUAGUCACCAGAAGAACCGGGGUGUUUCCGCAAUUGAAAUACGUUAAAUUUGACUGUUUGAAAUGCGGGGUUGUGUUGGGACCGUUUAUUCAAGAUGCCAAUACUGAAAUCAAGAUUUCCUUUUGCACAAAUUGUCAAAGCAAAGGCCCAUUCAAGAUGAACUCGGAAAAGACCUUGUAUAGAAACUACCAGAGAAUCACCUUGCAAGAAGCACCGGGUACCGUACCAGCCGGUAGAUUGCCCAGACAUAGAGAAGUCGUCUUGUUAUCGGACUUGGUUGAUGUCGCAAAGCCCGGUGAAGAUAUAGAAGUCACUGGUAUUUACAAGAACAACUAUGAUGGCAAUUUGAAUGCCAAGAAUGGAUUCCCCGUUUUUGCCACGAUUAUUGAGGCCAACUCAAUCAGAAGAAAAGAAAGUAGUGCAUUUAUGGGGGGCAACAAUUUGGUCAAUGUCUGGACUGAAGAAGAAGAACGCGAGUUUAGGAAACUAGCUCGUGAAAAGGGGGUCAUUGAUAAGAUUAUCUCGUCGAUGGCUCCGUCCAUUUAUGGACACAAGGAUAUCAAGACGGCUGUUGCGUGCUCACUCUUUGGUGGGGUACCCAAGGAUGUCAAUGGGAAAUUGUCGAUAAGAGGUGACAUCAAUGUCUUGCUAUUGGGUGAUCCCGGCACCGCCAAGUCGCAAAUCUUGAAAUACGUUGAGAAAACCGCUAGUAGAGCCGUUUUUGCAACGGGACAAGGUGCCUCGGCAGUUGGUCUUACUGCAUCAGUGAGGAAGGAUCCAAUUACCAGGGAAUGGACUUUGGAAGGCGGUGCAUUGGUGUUGGCCGACAAGGGAACCUGUAUGAUUGAUGAGUUUGACAAGAUGAAUGAUCAAGAUCGUACUUCUAUCCAUGAGGCCAUGGAGCAACAAAGCAUCUCGGUGUCCAAGGCCGGUAUCGUCACCACUUUGCAAGCACGUUGUGCAAUUAUCGCAGCAGCAAAUCCCAAUGGUGGCAGAUACAACUCGACUUUGCCCCUUUCGCAAAAUGUCAACUUAACCGAGCCCAUCUUGUCUCGAUUUGACAUUUUAUGUGUGGUGAGGGAUUUGGUCAACCCCGAGGCCGACGAAAGAUUGGCUAGUUUUGUGAUUGAUUCACACAUGAGAUCGCACCCGGCAAACGCCGAUGACGUACUCGACGAUGUAUUCGAUGAAGCUGCCGCAGAAGAACAAGAUUCAUUACUUGAGAGAGCCAGUCGGACAAGGUCAGAGAAAUUGCAAAAGAUACGUUACGAGAGGGAGCAAGAAAUCUCGCCAAUUUCGCAGGAUCUACUUGUCAAAUACAUCCAGUAUGCGCGAGUCAAGUGUCAGCCGAAAUUGCACCAAAUGGACAUGGACAAAGUUGCUCGAGUCUAUGCCGAUUUGAGAAAAGAGAGCAUCUCGACGGGAUCGUUCCCCAUCACUGUGCGUCACUUGGAGAGUAUAUUGAGAAUCGCCGAGUCGUUUGCCAAGAUGAGAUUGAGUGACUUUGUUAGUCAAAACGAUUUGAACCGGGCUAUCAAGGUGAGCAUAGACAGCUUUGUUGGUGCGCAGAAGGUUACUGUUAAGAAGCAGUUGCUGGCCAAAUUCCAGAAAUACACCUUGCCAACCCGGGCGAGGUAG